ACCGUGUCCUCUUCGAAGUAUAUAGAAAUGUUUCUCUCGUACAUAACUCGUAGGUAGUUUGAUGUGGUAAGCAAGUAACAUACGGUCGAGACCACAGCGACAUUCUACUCCGACUUAUUAUCUACGUGUUUCGUUAUCUUCACAAGUAAUCCGAUUUAAGGAGAUCGAUUUAAUUAGUUCCACAUAACGAUUUUGUCCUCUAAUAAUAUUGGGAAAGAAAAAAGGAAAAAAAAAGAAAAAAAAAAAAAAAGAAAAAAAAAAAAGAAAAGAAACCAACAACAACAAGAACAAAGAAUGACAUUAUUACCACCAACCGUGGAACAACAAAGACGAAUUAAUGAGGAAAUUCCUCCGGAUCCAGAAAUGAGGAAGAGAGAUAUCAUUGCGAUUCGAGAAUGGCUUUCGAAACAAUUGCAUUUGCCAAAUCAUAUGGACGAUAACAGGUUAGAAAAUUUUCUUUUUGGUUGCAAAAAUAGCGUCGAACGUUGCAAACUCAUUCUCGAAAGAUAUUUUAGCGUUCGCACAGCUCUGCCAGAAUUAUUUGCCACUCGCGAUCCAUUUUCACAAGAAAUUCAAAAUUGCUGCGAUGCCAUACAAUAUUUUGUAUUACCAUCUCUCACUGGCGAAGGAUACAGAGUUACAAUUUUAAGAUUAAACGAUACGGAUAUAGACAAAUUUUCAAUUCAAGCGAUAUCAAGAAGAAUUUUAAUGGUACAAGAUAUUCGUUUAAUAGAAGAACCUUCUUUAUCUAAUAUCAUGAUCAUAGAUCUCGAGGGAUUUACAGCAGCACACCUUGCUAAAUGCAGUCCAACGCAAACAAUAGUGAGACGAGCAAUGUUGGCAAUACAAGAUAGUAUGCCUAUGCGACUUUACAGAGUUCAUUUUUUACACGCACCAAAUUUAAUCAGCAAUAUACUUAAUUUGUUUUAUCCACUUCUCAAAGAAAAAUUAGUGGACAAGUUUCGCAUACACACGGGAGGUGGAGAAGAAUUAUAUUCAUAUAUGGAUAAAGAAAUAUUACCGAACGAAUGGGGAGGCAAAGCUGGUACCUUCGCCGUACUAAAUGAUGCGUGGAGGAAGAAAAUUGAGAGAAACAGAGAUUGGUACUUGAAAGAGGAGAAACUCAGUCGUACGAACGAGAGCGUUCGUUUGCCAGGAACGAAACCUUCCGGUCUUUUCUUGGAACUCGAUGGCGUUCAAGGUUCUUUUAGAAAACUAAAUAUUGAUUAAAAUAUUCAAUGAUGAGACGAGAAGAUACUCAUGACAAUAAAACAUAAUAAUAA